CUCUCCCCUCCCCUUUUGUCCAUCUUCCUGCCUUACUUCUUCAAUCCAAUCUUCACCGAUAACUUCCCGACCCUCGAUGAACGUUCUCUUUCUUGCUGGAAGCGUGGCACCACCGUCAUCUUCGCUCAUACGAUCCCUGAGCAGCGAACUCGGUCACCCCAGAAAUCGGCCGUUUCAGUUACCUCUGCCGAAUGGAUUGAGCUCGAAGUGGAUUCGAAUGACACCAUAAUCGCAGAGGAAUCUAACACAAACAGGAUCGCUGUUUUUUUUAUGAGAAUCAAAAUCUUGCGAGUCUGGAGUUUUUAAAAAGAUGGAUGAGUACGACAGUGGGAAAAGGCCCGAGCCAGAGGACGAGGGAAGCACAGCUCCUUUGCCUGAAAAGGUGACUGUUGGUGGUUCCCCAACGUACAGAAUAGAUAGAAAGCUUGGGAAAGGAGGGUUUGGACAAGUCUUCGUCGGUAGACGAAUUGGUGCUGGCCCUGGUGCAGUAGAGGUGGCGUUGAAGUUUGAGCAUAGAAGCAGCAAAGGAUGCAAUUAUGGUCCACCGUACGAGUGGCAAGUUUACAAUGCACUUGGAGGUAGCCAUGGCGUGCCACGAGUCCAUUUCAAAGGCCGUCAGGGUGACUACUAUGUUAUGGUCAUGGACAUGCUUGGUCCGAGCUUGUGGGAUGUUUGGAAUAAUAAUUCACAAACGAUGUCGAUUGAGAUGGUUGCCUGCAUUGCCAUUGAAGCCAUCUCCAUUCUGGAGAAGGUGCACUCUAGAGGAUAUGUUCAUGGAGACGUAAAACCUGAGAAUUUUUUGUUGGGGCCUCCAGAAACUCCUGAUGAGAGGAAGUUAUAUCUUGUUGACCUUGGUCUGGCUACAAAAUGGCGUGAUACCUCAACUGGUUUGCAUGUUGAGUAUGAUCAACGGCCUGAUGUUUUCAGGGGAACAAUGAGGUAUGCCAGUGUUCAUGCUCAUUUAGGUAGAACUGGUAGUCGGAGAGAUGACUUGGAAUCUCUGGCCUAUACUCUUGUUUUCCUUCUCCGUGGUCGGUUGCCUUGGCAAGGAUUUCAGGGGGAAGAUAAAGGAUUCCUUGUUUGCAAGAAAAAGAUGGCUACUUCCCCAGAAACUUUGUGCUGCUUUUGUCCUCAGCCUUUUCGACAAUUUGUCGAGUAUGUGGUGAAUUUGAAGUUUGAUGAGGAGCCAAAUUAUGCAAAGUGUAUAUCCCUUUUUGAUGGGAUUGUUGACCCAAAUCCAUAUAUUAGGCCAAUUAACACUGACGGUGCUCAGAAGGUACCUUUUGUCAUCUCUUUUGAUAUGUUCCGUCAUUUGAUGAAUCUUCAUGUAUUAAUCUAUGAAUUCGGUUAUGUGAAGCUUAUAUAUCAGGUUGGACACAAGAGGGGACGAUUGACAAUGGAGGAGGAAGAUGGACAACCAAAUAAAAAGAUCCGAAUGGGAAUGCCUGCAACACAGUGGAUCAGUAUCUACAAUGCUCGCCGACCCAUGAAACAAAGGUAUCACUAUAAUGUCGCUGAUGCAAGACUCUCCCAGCACGUAGACAAAGGAAAUGAAGAUGGGCUGUUUAUAAGCAGUGUCGCUUCAUGCUCAAAUCUAUGGGCCCUCAUUAUGGAUGCUGGCACUGGGUUCACUGCCCAAGUUUACAAGCUUUCUCCUCAGUUUCUGGACAAGGAAUGGAUUGUGGAACAGUGGGAGAAAAAUUACUACAUCAGUGCAGUUGCAGGAGCUAAUAAUGGCAGCUCGUUGGUUGUGAUGUCCAAGGGUACACAAUUCUUACAACAGUCUUAUAAAGUUAGUGAUUCGUUUCCUUCCAAGUGGAUUAAUAAGAAAUGGCGAGAGGGAUUCUAUGUCACUGCCAUGGCCACUGCUGGAAGUAGAUGGGCUAUUGUUAUGUCUCGUGGUGCAGGGUUUUCGGCUCAGGUCAUUGAAUUGGAUUUUCUUUAUCCUAGUGAGGGUAUUCACCACAGGUGGGAUAGUGGUUACCGUAUAACCUCAACUGCUGCAACUCGGGACCAAGCUGCCUUUGUUCUUAGUGUCCCACGUAGAAAACCAGCUGAUGAAACUCAAGAGACCCUUAGAACGUCUGCUUUCCCAACUACACAUGUCAAGGUCUAUUCGUUUGUUAUAAUUCGUGGUUUCUAUGUGUUUCUUCCUGACACUGGUUUUAUUUACAUCUAUCUUCCUCUUUUCUUCCAGGAGAAAUGGGCAAAGAACCUCUACAUCGCCUCUAUUUGCUACGGCAGAACUGUCUCUUGAACAGCUGAAAUUUUGUUGAAUCCCAUCAGGUCUCAGGAUUUUUCAUGACUUGGAAUUAUGGUGUUGACAACUUGCAUAGGCAAAAUCAUACUGUUGCCAAUUGGUUAGCAUCCAGGAGCUCAGGUGCACAUUCUUACAGUCGCGCGACCUAAACUCUCACAUUCCAUUGGGUUUGAGAUGAAUUGCAUUUCACCUAGAAACUCCAUACAAAGCUGGUGAACAACAGAACAGGCCUUUGUUUCGAGGGUCUGUGCACAGGUCCCUGCUCCAUUGUUGAUGUUCUGUCGGAAUUGCAGUGUGACUUCUCCAGUGAGCUCUCAGCUUUCAUUCUCAGAGGCUCAUGUCUUAGGCUUCCAUGCUCUUCGCCACAGAAGGCGGAGUUGUUUGUCAGUCCAUCCCUAUGGUUUUGGGAUGUCCCGAGUGCAGUCGAAACCAUCGGAACUUGCUCAACUUUGUGUACUCUAUUUGCAAGAGCAGAUGUAAAUUAUGUAUUCACAACUAGUCCCAACGAUCGGAGAAAUGCAGGUACUAUAUGCGGUUUGUUCUCUUGGUUUUCAGGUCCAGAGUAAAUCAUGAGUUGACAACAGCAAAUCCGAAGCAGGUGUAAUCGUAACUUCGAAUUUCGAACCUGAAGAUGGUGGUUCUAACUUAGGCUUGUAUGAUUCGCCUUCCUCCUCUUCUCUGUCGUCCUGUCGAAGCAUCCAUAGUUGCUAUCAACUGCAACUAUUAUCGACUUGAGAAAUCAAACCGUUGUGAGCAAGACACGAUCACAUAGAUGGUCUAGUGACGUUUAGGUUACUUUAGACCUUUCUUUGACCAUGUUGUGGGAAGCAUGUUCCAG